AUGCUUGCUUAUUCAUCACUAAAUAGAGGCGCUGUGCGACUUCUUCGAAUACCGGUUUCUACAGCAAUAAUUCAAGAACUUGAAGUUGUCUCUUUCCAGCUUACCCAGUCUCCUCCAUACAAUGCACUGAGUUACUGCUGGGGCGACUUGGACAGGUCUAGAACUAUACGAUGCAAUGCCCAAACUUUAAUGAUCACUCCGCAUCUCGAAGAGGCUAUCAAGUCCUUGCGGUCACUCCAACGCGAAACGGAAUGGAUUUGGAUCGACCAGAUAUGUAUCAACCAAGACGAUAAAGCAGAACGCGCUAUUCAAGUCGAUAUGAUGAAAGACAUAUACUCGUCAUCUCUAGGGACCAUCAUCUGGCUGGGACCUAGUGUGCCGGGCAUCGAUAAGCUCCUGGGUUUAGUGAAUAUGAUGUCUAGUUUCCAUAAAGCAGACAUAAACCCCACCGGCACCAGGAAACGCAGUCGAUACACAAACGGCCAAUUCCUCAAGCUUGGUCUCCCGGCAGCUCAAGACCCUGCAUGGUCUGCAUUCGGAGAGAUCCUAUGCCGGCCCUGGUUCAUCAGAUCAUGGGUAAUACAGGAAACAGCUCUAUCGAAAGUCCCUCCUCGCAUGGUCUGUGGGUCUGAAUCAAUAUCUUGGGAGAAGUUCGUGCCUUCAGCAUUAUGGUUGUUAUCGAUGUGUUAUCAUAUCAGCCCUCUACACCAUAUUCCAACAACACUCCCAGCUCUUCGAUCCUUGAAGUUGUUCUAUGAGCUAGAGCAGCUUAGGUUACCAUGGGAUUUAACUACCCUCCUCAACAAAGCGAUACGGUUUAAAGCAUCAGAUCCAAAGGAUAAGAUAUACUCUCUUCUAGCGUUGACCGAUGAAGCAGAUGCUCAAGGGCGGUUGCCUCCGCCACUACAGGCAAACUAUGAUAAGCCAACUGAGCAAGUCUUUCGUGAUGUGACUAGACACAUCAUUAAGUCUACGGGUAGCCUAGCUAUUUUAUCACUGAUCCGCUACAUUCCCGAUUGGGAUCAAUAUUCUUCCUGGGCGAUCGACUUUACAGCUACAAUCAGAUGGGACAGAAUAUCCUAUUUCAACUGGGACCAACAUGAUCACAACAGGCGACGCCUCAUCGAAACACUGAAUCGUUCUUUUGGUGGCCGUUCAGCGGUUGUAGUUGAUGAUUCACCUGAUCAUAUUCUAGGCCUCAAAGGGCUAGAAAUCGACACUAUCAGCACGACGUUCAACAUCAUGUCAAAGUCAGAGCUUGCUUCAUAUAAUCCACAGAUUUGGUCAACAUGGACGGAAGCCUACGAUCAUCUCGAAUCUCGAUAUCGCACAACUGAAGCUAUUGCACGAGCAUUUAUGGUCACUAUCACGGGUAAUUGGAACCUCAACGACAGUGAGAGUAUGAGUGAACAACCGUUGAGUUAUUUCUGGGAAUACAUGUGGCGUGUACACCAAAAGCGUCGCCGCGACUCAGGCUUUGAGGAUGCAGUCGAUUCUGAACAAGAGAGUACGAAGUACCUAGUCCAACCAGAUCCGAGUAAUAAGCACCAUGUCGACCUGUUCAGUCUUCAUCUCGACUCAGCGCACGAAAGAAGGCUAUUCAUCACAAAAGACUUAUCUUAUAUCGGCCUUGGACCAAGAAUGAUGGAGGAGAAUGACAUUAUCUGCGUUCUGUUUGGGGGAGCUACACCGUUUGUACUAAGAAGAGUCGGAGAGUACUUUCGGUUUAUUGGCGAGUGUUAUGUAUAUGACUUGAUGAAUGGGGAAGUCAUGGAUGGUUUGGCGAAUACCAAGUUUUUCGUCAAGGCGUUUCACCUUGUCUAG